AUGCUUGUGCUCGGCCGUGCACUCGGCUCCCGAUCGCCCCGUUGGGGAUCUGCUCGGGCGACAACCUGCACCGCGUCGCCCACUUCAUCCAACAGCUUCAAGCACCCGCCGCCGCCGAUGGUGGCGCCCGAAUUCUACAAGCUGGAGCUGCCGAUGGUGCUGCCGACGCCCUGGCUGCCCCUGUUCUGCAUGAGCUACCCAUCGACACAGAUACUGCUGCUAACGACGACGUUCUGCAUGUGCUUCCUGUUCGCGGAUCUGACGUCCGAUCCGAAGGUGACGCUCGCUAUUGCUUCGUGGAGCUCCUGA